CCUUCUGGUGCCAGUGGCUUCAUAGGGCCUCCAACAGACCAAAAUGGAAAGCUUUGGAUGAAGAGAGCCUGCCGUGGUGAGAAGUCAGAGGAUUCAGAAAGGCUGGUAUGAGGACAGGAUGUAGAACUCUCAGCUCCUUCUCCAGCACCAAGUCCGCCUGCACACUGCCGUGCCUCCAGCCAUGAUGAUAAUGGACUGAACCGCUGAACUUGGCUUCAGCAUGAUCCACUCAGCUUAAUUUUAAACCGAAGCCGUCACCUGGUAAAUUCUGAAUUCUUUGCUGACUUUAUAUUGCCCAUAGACAAUUUGGGGAGUGAUGCAGACCGAGAAUCCUCCAAGACCCAGACAGACUAGAUCCCUGCUAACAAUGGAUAGGUGCAAGCACAUUGAGCAGCUGCAGCUUGCUCAAGGACAUUCCAUCCUCAACCCUCAGAAAUGGUUCUGCAUGGUCUGCAAUACAACGGAGUCCAUUUGGGCUUGCCUCAGCUGUUCCCACGUCGCCUGUGGGCAGUAUAUCCAAGAGCACGCACUGAAGCACUUUGAAGAAAGCAGCCAUCCCGUGGCCUUUGAGGUGAAUGACAUGUAUGUUUUUUGUUAUCUUUGUAACGAUUAUGUCCUAAACGAUAACACAGCCGGAGAUCUGAAGUCACUACGAAGUACACUAAGUGCAAUCAAAGGUAAAAGUUACCCUUGUGUGGUUCAGAGUGACUCGGUCUUACAGCCUGUGAAUGCGCAGGCCGAUUCUUACUCCCUACACGACAGCACCCAGUCUCUGCCUGGAAGUGAAGAUCCGAUGUGCACUGCCCUCUGGCACAGGAGACGUGCGCUCAUGGGAAAAACCUUUCGAACUUGGUUUGAACAGUCACCGAUUGGAAGGAAAAGGCAAGAGCAAACUCAGGAGAAAACGGUAGCCAAGAGAGAGGUGAAGAGAAGGCAGCAGGAGUUAGAACAGCAGAUGAAAGCUGAGCUGGAAUGCACUCCUCCGCGAAAGAGUUUACGCUUACAAGGCCUCUCCGAGGCGGCCACGGUCGAAAUCCUUCCGGUGCAGGCACCGCCGCCACCUCCAGCGUCCCCAGCGAAGGAGAAAGCCUUAGCGCUACCUCCCUCGGAAGACGGGAAACUUAAAAGAGUAAGUGACUCCUUAAUCAAACGAAGGCCCGCGGUAACUCCUGGUGUAACCGGACUGAGAAAUUUAGGAAAUACUUGCUAUAUGAAUUCUGUUCUUCAAGUGUUGAGUCAUUUACUCAUUUUUCGACAAUGUUUUUUAAAGCUUGACCUGAACCAAUGGCUGGCUGUGGCUGCCAGCGAUAAAGCCCGAUCCUAUAAGCACUCAGCCGUCACGGAUGCCGCGACAGCGGCGGCACAUCAGCUGAACGAAGGGCAAGAGAAGGAGAAAGGCUUCGCGUGCUCCAGACACCCGGGUUUAUCUUCAGGCCUAAGCGGAGGAGCCUCCAAAGGUCGGAACAUGGAGCUCAUUCAGCCAAGGGAGCCCAGUUCCCCGUACAGUUCUCUCUGCCAUGAAUUGCACACCCUGUUCCAAGUCAUGUGGUCCGGAGAGUGGGCCCUGGUCUCGCCGUUUGCCAUGCUUCACUCAGUGUGGAAGCUGAUCCCUGCUUUCCGUGGUUACGCCCAGCAAGAUGCGCAGGAAUUUCUUUGUGAACUUCUGGAUAAGAUACAGCGAGAACUAGAGACAACCGGAACCAAAUUACCAGCUCUCAUCCCCACCUCCCAAAGGAGGCUCAUUGAGCAAGUUCUGAACGUCGUAAAUAACAUUUUUCACGGACAACUACUUAGUCAGGUUACCUGCCUUGCUUGCAACAACAAAUCCAAUACUAUAGAGCCGUUCUGGGACUUGUCACUGGAAUUCCCAGAGAGAUACCAAUGCAGUGGGAAAGACGCUGCCUCGCAGCCAUGUCUGGUCACUGAUAUGUUGGGCAAGUUUACAGAAACAGAAGCUUUAGAAGGGAAAAUCUACGUGUGUGACCAUUGUAACUCAAAGCGUAGAAAGUUUUCGUCAAAACCAGUUGUACUCACAGAAGCCCAGAAACAGCUCAUGAUAUGCCACCUCCCUCAGGUUCUCAGACUGCACCUCAAGCGAUUCAGAUGGUCAGGACGUAAUAACCGAGAGAAGAUUGGUGUUCAUGUUGUCUUUGAGGAAACCUUAAACAUGGAGCCCUAUUGCUGCAGUGAGACCCUGAACGCUCUCAGACCAGAGUGCUUUAUCUAUAAUUUAUCUGCUGUCGUAAUCCACCAUGGAAAAGGAUUUGGCUCAGGACACUACACUGCCUACUGCUACAAUUCUGAAGGAGGGUUCUGGGUACACUGCAACGACUCCAAGCUAAGCAUGUGCACUAUGGAAGAAGUGCUCAGGGCCCAGGCUUAUAUCUUAUUCUAUACCCAGCGAGUGACUGAGAACGGACAUUCGAGACUCUUGCCUCCUGAGCUCCUGUCCAACAGCCAGCAGCACCCCAGUGAAGAAACGGACACCUCUUCUAAUGAAGUCCUCAGCUGAUCCAGACCCUGUUUUCUAUACAGAUUCUAACUACAUGGGAAGGAGAUGCUCUUCACAAAUUGUCUUACUAAGAAAAGAAUGCCAUUGGUCUAACGACUCCCGUUCUGCGCCUUGGAGAAUAGAUUGGAAGUGAAAUACUACAGUAGUUCUGGUUGUUCCCGAGGCUGCAUCCUCCCACAGGGAUCAGAACAGAUCUAAUGCAGAUCCUGACCUUUCACUACAAAAUGUAUUGCUUCCAUAACUGUCCUUUAUUGAGCACAAAUUUAAACUGAAAAUGGCAGAUUUACAAUACUUCAAUGAACUUUGAAACUAUGGGCAAUGAAAAAAUAGUUCCAAUAAAGCAGUCACAAAAUUUUGAACUUAGCAAACCAGUAUAUUAUGAUAUACAAAUGUAGUUUAUCUUGAGAGUGAAUUUUUAUGUUUAAUUAUUUUAGAUCACUUAAGUCCUUGAGUUUUUUUUUUUUUAGUUGAAAGGAAUAUAGUAGGACAAAAUGCAUAGAGACAGAUGUAUAAGGCAGAGAAGACACUGGGUCAAGCAUGGUACCUGGGGUAUUACAUCUAAGAUCUCAUUUUUCUUUAAGUAACUUGAGCCUGACUCUAGCAAAGAUUAUGUGACCACUGGGAACUUCUCAGGGCCCUGGCCCCUCUUUAAAAACUCUGCAAGUGACCUAAACUGAGAGAUUUCUUCUGCUUUGUACUAAAGAAAGCUUCCCAGGUUUUAUGGGAACCCGGCUGCUGCAGUGCAAAGCCACCCCCGCCACCACCCCCCUAACCUGCUCAGAAAGGGGGCUCCACCAGCCUACUGAUCCCAAAUUCCCUGUCAGCCCCUGGGAGACCUUUUGUCUCCUCUUGCUAAAUAAAGUGACAGCUUACUUCUAAGCCAGGCAGAGUUAGCUGUCUUUAGCACAGACUUCUGAAAGGAGUGGCACCUGGGGCAGCUUGUAACAAAACUGCAACAAAAAAGGCGUCAGCGUGCUGGAGCAUACGGAGAAUACUGGGUCUGAAAAUGCCUUAACAGUGUGCUAACAGGAUGCACACUGUUACAUCAACCGUUAAAUGUACCUCAUUAAAGAUUUAUGUGAAAGGUACCGAGUCGAACCUUUGAUUUCACGAAUGGUUUUUUGAAUCGAUACAUUGUAGCACCUUAUUUUUACUGCUGUUUAAAAGAGAGAAAAGCGUGAAACCAGCACACAGCAGACUGUUGUACUUACAUGAUUUUUGUUGUGAAUCUAAAACUGCAUUGAAGAAAACAAAACCCAAAUGAUGAAAAGAAACCUGUUUUCUUAUUAAAUACCUCAGUUGUACCAUGGACAUCUAUAUUCUUAAGUUGUUCUAACCAAAACCAACAGUGUGGAUUGUAAAAUAAUUUACUAAAGGCUCUAUUGUUAAACAUCACAGGAAGACUUGGUUCCAGGAAGAGAUACAUCACGAAAUGUAACAAUGAUUUUAGGGGAUACAUAGCUAGUAAGCAAACAAUACAUUCCCCUGUGUGUUGGUUUUGGCUUUCCUUUAUAAAUGCUCCCAACAGUGCUGAGAUAAGUUUGGACCUUACAAAGAGGAGACUGCUAAAAAGGUCUUAGAAAACUCUAAAGCUCUUUGGUUAGGGGUCAGUUUUUAACAUCCUGGGCUUAGAUAUCAAGGAACAUGAAUCCAGAGCCCCAGGAGCCAGCUGGAGAGCCUCAUGAAUGUGUGUUGAAAACCGAUGUCAUACUCAAAGGCAGCAGUGUGACUACCAGCGCCAUAAAGACCACUCAUACCGCCCAAAGUAACCUUUACUUAAAACUAUUCACGCAGCACACAAUCCAGGUCUGUUAAGUCUGCCUCCUCUUCAGAAACAAUGUCAAGCAAAAUAAGAAUUAUAUAGCAUCCCAGAGGCAAUACAGCACCAUUGUGCUAAGGCAUACACAAAUUAAGGCUUUACCCGGGCAAGGAGAAAUGAUGGAACAUUUUUAGCAAACCACAAAGAUUUUAAGCAGCUAAAUUAUUGGGCCCAGUCAAAACAAGUUAAAUAUGUGUCUUUACAUUCAAAUUAACAAAGCAAACCUCAUUUCCUCAAGUAAUCGGAUGCUGGGAUCUCUAACUUGUUGGAGGCCAUGGCUGUGAAUGUUGAGUACUUGGCUCACGAAGGAUAAAACCCAAUCCCAAGAUGACUUUUCUAAUUAGGACAAGAUUCAAUAUUUUGCUUGUGGCUUUAAUGUUGAUUUGGUUUUCUAAUGUGGAAUACAUAUAUGGGUUAAGGGAUAUUUACUACAUCAAGGUUUUCCAGUUGGCACAAUGUUUCCUCCCACGAUGCUUAAAUCAGUACAUCUUCCUAUGAGAGGUGGGGGAGACAUUUUAAAUAUGCUUCUACAAAACACAUUCCUCAACUGCACUCAUUCCUGCCUGCUUCAUACACAUGAAGACCUUGUAGCCACCAUGCCUGAAGAGAAUCUGCGGUAUCUGCUGUAUGCACAGUCAGAUAACACCAUCCACACUCAAGCAGCUUUCUGUUUAGAAUUACAAUCGUAGACAUUAAAAUGUGGCUCUCAGAUCUGAAAAUGUCUUUAUUUUUUAGAAAAUGGAUUCCAGGAAGGUUAAAAAGCAAUACCAGAGGGCAUAGGUGCAGAACUGGAUGUAUGUAGUCAUUCAAAGCAUCCAAGUAAGAAUAUGGCAAUAUAAAUAUCCAAAAAGCAUCUCUUAGGUCUUCAAAACAAAACGUUUAAGUAAUUCCUAACUAGUGAGCAGUACAGCAUUUCCUAGACGGGAGAAACAGUUAACAGUAAAGUCUUGAAAGCCUUUUCCUUGGUUAAUUACAUGUAGACAGUUUGGCUUUGAUCAAACUCCUUUAAACAUGGAUAACGGCAUUACACAGGUCCACUGUUAAAACAGACAUGUUGCAAAUUACUUGUGGUAUAAUGUGUUCCAACAAAGCUUAGAAAAUAAAGACGUUGAGUUGGCUUUGGACUAAGUUUUAAUAGUCAUCUCCUCUGCUGACAACUUCUUUACAGGUUGGGCGCAGCAGUAUGGUAUGUUCAAACUGUGCUGUGUAUGAUCCUUUAAUGUCACAGAGUGGUGGAUAUGGAUCUACAAUGCCCAAGUCACACAGGUUCUUCAGAGCCAUUAAGUAUUUACUUUCUCCCAAGCGAUCCAGCCACCUUCGGCAGAAGGCAAGGGUACCAAAGUUUUCAUUGAUGACAUUCAACAAGUGUUUUGUUCUUGGAAGCCUAAAAGGAGAAAAGUGAAGACAGUUGGCGAAAGAGUUAACUAACCAAUCUACCCAUUAUAAAAAAUCCAUGCUGUAUCUGCACCUGGAGUCUGAGCUUGAAGCAUGUAUUGUUCUUUCACUAACAGUAAGGGGUAUGCAAUGGCUGGAAGACAUGGCUGUGGAGCAUGAAGAUCACCUUAUGUGUGCUAAGUUCCUAGACAGAGAACAAGUUCACAGGGGACGACAACCUGUGAAAGCAUGAAUCCUACCUAUAGUCAACCUCUGUAAAGAGUGAAAAACACAAAGUCAACUGGGAUAGGUCACUACCAACAAGAAAAGCAUUAUGAUCCCAAACCUAGGACUGCCAGGAAGUAAGGGCAUCAUCAUCAGAGACUGGGUUUGGACUCCUCUCUCCACCAUUUAAGCCAGGGUAAAGAUACCGGGGCCAUCUGUCUGCUGUGCUACAGACACCGACUAAAUCACUGCUCAGACGGCAGACUCGUGACAUCACAGACGCGCCGCCUGACAGACAGGCUGGAAGAAGAUGCUCAUGAGUUAAGUCCUCACCUUAUUGGCACGUGUCCCACAUCAAAAUUUUUCAUGUAGUGUGAACAUUCCAUAUCGUCAUGAACCACGCCCUUCCCUGUGCUACCAAAGGUCUCAAUGGCAUACACCUCUCCUUCCUAAAAAAAAAAAAAAAAAAAAAAAAAAAAAAAAAAAAAAAAAAAGAACGAAAACACACAC